AUGUCAACUUCUUCAAUACCAAAUACACUAUUAUUAGAUACUUCAAUAUCAUCUAUUCAUACUCCCACUGUUACUCCAUCAUUAACUGAUUUACACAUUGCCACAAUAGUUCAUAAUAAUAUAGGAGAAACUGAUGUAAAUUUAGAUGCAGCAUCAUCAGUAAGUGGUAUAUUAACAGAUAGUGGGGAUUCACAAAAUGAUAUUGGUUCAUUUGCAACUAGUUCAGAUGUCAAGACAUUAACAUUAAGUUCAUUAAGUUCAUCAAGUUCAGCAGGUCGAGGAGGAAAUGGUGGUUUAGAUUCUGCGUCUGCAACUAAUGAAAAUUAUGGAAAUGGUGUUUUAAGUUUAAAUCCAUUAAAUAAAAUAGAUUAUAAAAGUUUAAAAUUUGGUUUAGUUUUAGGUGGUUUAUGUUUAGGUUCUAUAUUUAGUUUAUAA